AUGGGUGGGUGGGUAGGAGCUGUUGUUUGCGCGACCGGGUGCAUUCGAACGGGGUCGGCUGUGCCCAUAUAAACUCAAGAGGGGGACCCCGUACGCCAACCAACCGACUCAGACUCUCCGAUGGGUGUCAUGUUUGAGAACGAGAAAGAAUUGCGUGACGUCUGUAGCCCGAUACCGCCAAACACCAUCCCACCGGUGCCCUCUCGCGGUCACCCGCGAGACAAGAUGGAAGGAGGUUUCCUAUGUUUUUCGUCCACAUAUGAAGCGGCUCCCAGCGACAUGCAGACCUACCAGAUCUGCACGGUCGGCUCGAGCGGACAGCAGGGGGUGAUCAUGGCCACCGUGGCCUCCCCCUCGGGCCUACAGGGCAGCAUGUACAUCGGGGAGGAGGUGACCCGCAAGCGAGAGAUCCGGCUCCUCAAGAACAGGGAGGCAGCUCGGGAGUGUCGGAGGAAGAAGAAGGAGUACGUGAAGUGCCUGGAAAAUCGCGUCACCGUCCUUGAGAAACAGAACAAGACCCUUAUUGAGGAGCUCAAGGGGCUGAAGGAUAUGUACUGCAACAAGGCCGAAUAGCCCCAGCAAAGUCUACCACUGCUGCCCAUGGCACCGCGCGUGUCCAACAUUCACGUUGCUCCAAACAGCAGCCCAGUACAAGGGCAACUAAGCCGCUUGACAUACCACACAACGCUGAUGCUUGAAGUACUCUAGUGGGAUUACACAUAGCAACACCACUGCCUACUGGCAGACCGUGUCCGUCUGAAUCAUAGCGCCUUCACGAUUGCCCUGCUCUCAUAAGAAUUGCGCGAAUUCCAAAUUAAAUUAUGAUUAUUAUUACCGCCGCACUAUAACCCACACAACUAUUAAUUGACAAUCCUUCACAUUGGUAGGCUGACAAUUAUAGUAAAACCAUCAGUCAAGUAUUUUGUAUUGAUAUUUAUUUGAAAUAUAUUGAUUGUCAAAGUAAGAGACAGCUACGACAAUGUUAAAGUGAGGUAGUGUGCCUCACGUAACCUUACUUAAAGGGUACACAUUCACACAGUAAACUGUUUAAAGAGUUAAAUGUUUUUAAAGAACCUGUUUAUGCCAAGAGAGUUUAUAUUUAUUAAAGAAUUGUUACCGUAUUUUUUAUUUACAUUUUUCUUACAUUUAUACUGAUUGUUAAAUCUAACAUAGCAGCAAAAGAUGUCUGUUUUUGUGGCGUCAUUCAAUAUUAUGCUUCUUCUGUCAGCAUAGGUGUUAGGAAAUCAAUCACAAACUUCCUCUUGUCGUAGUUUUAUGAUUUAUAAAAGGGAUGUCUCGGCAUUUCCCCACAUUUCAAAUACCAUUUAUAUUUUGACUAUUAAGCAAUCUGUUCACAUUCACACAUUUAAAGUGUCUGUCCCAGUUAUAACUUGUUAAACAGUAUGAAUAUUUUUUUUUUAUUAAAACCUAAUAACAUUCAUGGCUUUUACACAUUUAUAAAGAGCUGGGACAAUAACUCAGGUUACUCAAUUGUCUGCUGAUAUUGGAUUAACUCACUCGCUAGGCUCACGCAUUGUUACUCUGUACAUUUUGACAUCACUGUGCCAGCAUGCAGUCCAAAUUUAUCAACUACAAAUGUCUCAAAAAGUGCAGAGUCGAUUGUGACAUCUUUGGAAGUCACUGCCCUUCAUUUGAUGGGGCGGGGGAGGGAAGUCAAUGAGCAAGUUUGCACAAUUUGGCCAAAUAUAUAUAUAAUUCACACAUUGUUUAAAUAAACAUUCGAAUUUGACGUGAAUUUCUUAUAACCCUCAUAGUUACAAGUCUCGUUAAUAUUGUGUAGUGUAUCGUCAGGCAGGGUAAGAGGCUUACAUGGGUGAAAGGCCUAUUCGUCCUGGUGCUAACAUAUGGGGUGUUGAACUGCAAACACGAUCGGCAGGUGCCGCGUGAAGAAGGUGCAAAUCUGCACCUCAAACUAAUUACGGCUGAUGACAUUUAUGUUUGCACCAGGGCAAAAAAAAGGCAUUACCCCUUGUAGACCUUUUGCCUCAACCUACCCGAUAUAGUAUAUCAAGAAUAUUUGCCAACUGUGCAUACCUGCAUUAAAUACAGUACACGGUAGCUGAGUACUCUAAUAAUAAUCCAUGGAAAUAAUUUGCCUAGCUCUCAUUUCAUUAAUCUGUACACGUUUUAAAGUUAAACAAUCAGAAUAAUAAAUAUAUUUUUUAUUUCGGAGGACAUUGUGAACAGAAUUGUUUAAUUGUGAUACUGGUGACGUUUCUGUGAAAAGCCAGCAUUUCCACGCGGUGUGUUAUUACUCUGGAGACGUUUGGUACUGGUUGUAAAUGUUACUAUGCGUGCACACAGGUCGAGUAGAAGUUUGUGUUUAGUUCUCAUUGUGUAGAUGAAUAGCACUGAAACUGUCAACACCACCAAUUAUCUCAAAAAAUGUUUAUCCUAGAACUUAGUGCACAGUGAAUGUUCCACAUUUAUUUUUACGAGGAAUAUACAUAUGCAGAACUGUCUUAAUUGACCUUAAGUUACAUGAGCUAACAUUGUCUGAUCGCAUAAUAUCUUUGCGUAUGGUGGUGCUAGUAAACACAACACACCAGUGGUUUAUUAGAGACCCUAACUAAGCAUAGUACAGAAAUUUAUUUCGAUGUUUUCACGUUUGGACAUAUUUCGUCCAUGAACAUUCAUACAUACUAAACAGUGCUUUUCUAAUCGCAUUAAUGAACACUUUGAUUUGGUGUUUAAGAGGAAAUAUAGGCUUGAAAAAAUCUAUUUUUACAAAUGAGAAAUGUGUUUUGCAUUUCCUUUUGCGUAAACAUACACAGCCAAGACGUUUUCCAAAUUAAAUUGUGUGCAGAUUUAUAAGGAAGAGAGAAGCGUCUUCAACUACUCAGGAAGUUAAACGUAUUUUUUUAAGCAAAUAGGGUUUCAAUGUUAGCCUUGUUAAUGUUUUCCUUUCAUAGUUUUUUUAUUAUUGUGUUACAUCAGUCCGUUGUAAUUGCUGCUGUGCUUUGUGAUUCCAUUUAUAUUUCACGCCGUGUUAAGCAUCUACAAAUUUGUGACUGCCGUAAUUGUGUUCAAUUACACACGUUGAGAAUACCAAAGUAAAAUAAUCCGUUGGUCUCCUUUUUUUAUAUAUAUUGGAUGCAAUUGUGAACAACUGCCAUAUCAGACAUGAUUACAUCUAAUCGGCAUAAUCAUUGGUUCACUGCAGCUCAAAGAAUCGGUCAUACAAGGCGUGUGGUGAAGCUCGGAAAUGUCCAUGUGUGUGCUCAGCAUUUGAAGGUUUAAAGACCAGUAUCGGUGAAUUCGCCGACAAUCUGUUAAGACAGGCAGUUCCAAAUCCGGACAGCAGAGUGAAGAAGAAGGGAGCUUCUAUCCAGGGAGCAUGUUCUGGUAACUGGGUGGUGGGGGCAAGGGCCUGGUGGCUUGGCAGGGGUUGUUCAUAAUCGGGUGGCACGGCGUCUUUCAUAUGAGGGUGGUAGCAUGCCCUGAAGGUCUGGGGCAGUGGUUGGUGCGCAUUUUGUUCUACUUAAUUCAUAACUGAUCAGUAUUCUUUGCCAAAUGAACGCUGUUAUGGUGUAACGAUGAGCACACUUUACUUAGAAUUUAUAUGACGCCAGUUCGAUCUCCUGGCGUGGCAGUUGAAAUAAUGGCCACAUUUUAGUUUUAAUCCUACCACAUCUAGAUGACGCCAGUUCGAUCUCCUGGCGUGGCAGUUGAAAUAAUGGCCACAUUUUAGUUUUCAUCCUACCACCUCUGAGUUAACAAUCCGCAGGUCAUGUUUGAUCGAGUACAGUCUGGAUAUUCUUCACCUCUCCUAAAAACAUCUGGCCAGUGUUGAAGAGUAGAUGAGAAUAUCUCUAUAGAGCAGUGGUUCUCAGUGUGGUCCCCAGACCACCGCGACGGUCCUCCAGGUGGUCCUCCAGGUUAUGCAAAUGCAGGUUGAUUCGGAAAUAAUUACAAGGUUUUUUGUUUGUUUCGGACGUUAAUUUAUAUUUUACUCACUAUGUUCAAUUAAAAUAAAUUAGGUAAAUAACCCUGCUUAAACCAUCCUAACCCUAAGAUCUAAAUGUCCCAUCUUAAAAAAACAAACAAACGUAUAGCUGUGUAAAUUAUUUUGUGUGUUCUGGUUAAAUGAAUCAUGUAUGAGUGGAAUUUAGUGAGAAUUGUUUGCGUUUUGUCACAAGGGGUGGGGGGCUGGGUAGUCCGCGCAAGUGUUUGCAUCGGCUGAGUGGUUUGCAGGCCAAUACAGUUUGAGAAACGCUCAACUCGUGACUCCCUAGAGCUCCUUCUCUUGGAGGUUCUUACAUCAGCAGUGGCAAGAACAAACAAUUGAAGGGCUGCACUUUUACCUUUUCGAGUAUUCUGUAUUUUUCCAUGGAAGAGCACAUUGUGAUUAUUUCUACUGCAAGAGAGCCCCCGGUAAUACAAAAUGUAAAACGAAGUGGAAAAAAUGUAUAUCCUGCAAUACACACUGGUUCUCACUUUAGUCAUAACCAGAAAAAUGUUAAUCGGUACAUAGCAACUGCAAUGACAGAUCAGAAAUGGUGACAUUCAUAAAUUAAAUGGAACAGAAACAUGCAACGAAGCAUGGGGAGAUGCAUGCUUGGAAAUACAUUGAGAGAACAUAUGCAAGUAAGCACGUAUUUUUUUGUGUAAUUAAAAGUAAAACACUUGA